UCCGUCCGUGAGGAAACAUCGUCAAAGACGCUUGUUUUCUCUCAAUGCCCUUUUGUGUUUCUCAUUUCAGCAAUCUCCUUUUGGAAGUGACAAAGGGUACCCAUGCGAAGUCGGAUCAACUCGUGGAAAACGAUGAUUUCGAGGGCUUUUCGGAGCGGUUAACCGUGCGCUGUCAAUGGGGUUGGACCGAGUUUCACCGGGUCGAUCGCAAGCGGAUAUUUUACUGAGAAAUUCCGAGUCCAAACUGGACUAGUACAAAACUAAAGCAUAUUCAGAUUCAGCAAGGAAGGAUCCUUGCAUCUGUUUUGCUACAGAGGGCCUAGCUUUUGUAUUAUAUUUAUUGCCUGUCCUUUUGUGUUGUGUGGCCGAUCAAGAGUUAUAUAUUUUCAAGUGGUGUGAGGAGCUCCUCCUCUCCAAGCCUCUCCCUCUCAGUCUCAACCCCCUUCAUGGCACACUACAAAUUCACACCCUCCCACCCUCCUUCUCAUCUCAUCUCAUCUCCCAUUGCCCAACCUCACCUGCUCUGUCUUCUUCCCUCUCCAUAGUCCUUAAUCCUCAAGGCCCAACCUCAAAACCUCAGCUAUCUCCACUGAAAUUUCCAAGCUUUGCGCCUCUUCCUCUUGGUUCCUUCAUCUGUCAUGGCAACCAUUGUGUGCCAAGGUUUGCAGUCGUGUCUGGAACCCCAAAUCAUAGAGCCGGUGUCUAUAAGGCUCAAACUGACUACGCCGAGUCCUGCUCUCUUCUCUCAGUUCUUAGAUGUGCCCUCAAAGAGUAGCCUCUUGGGUAAAUCCAGCAAAGGGUCUGAAGUGCAAAAUGAAAACCCCAAGAUGACCCGAAACUUUCUUGCCAAUCCCAUCUCGCCAGUCAACAAGCAAGAUUUUGCCUAUGUCCCUCCUUUGACAAAGAGUCUUUCUUCGAUAUCACUCCACGAGAAAAGCUUGGAGAUGUGCACUGAGGAUCUAGGGAAUGAGACUGGUAUUGUCGACCAUGUCAGCGAAAGCACGGUUCUACCGUCUGUUCUGACCGACGGGUCAAGUUCGGAUCGGAAUUCGCUCAAGCCCCAUGAACACGUCGGGGCUAAGGAACCGAUGCACCGCAGUUUUCCACCUCCGCUAACUACUAUUAGCGGGGCGAAGUCCCUCCAACUUAGGCCUCACAGAGAAGAUGGAAGGUUGGUCAUCGAAGCCGUUGAGACCCCGUCGAGUUACCCUCAUUUUCGAGCCGAAAGGAGCGACGGCCGGCUUAGGCUAUGUUUCCUGAGAGAACCCACUUCAUCACGCGUUGAUUCUAUGGACGAUGAGGAGAGAACACUCGAUGAUGACAAGAUGGAAGAUGAUGAAAAGGAUUGGGAAGAAAACGGUGUCUUUGAGGAAGAGGAAGUUGACGGUAACGAUAAGAGAGAUGAUGACUCUGGUGAUGUCACGGGAAUCUUUCAGAGAAGUGGAAGGUGCAAGAAAAGAGAGCCUGAAAAUAGAAGGUUGUCAACUUGGGAGCCAUACUUGGUGGCCACAUCUUGAAGCUUUUUUCUCAUUUAUUUUUGAUGGAUAUCAUCAUGGUUCAAUUUUGUCAAGUGGUGUCCUUCUUCAACUUCUUAUCCUUUCCUUCUUUGCAAUUGGUUUUUUUUUUCCAUUUUUCAACUUAAUAAAAUCAAGAAAAAUCAAGGAACAAAAACACAAGUUUUGAUCAAGGGGCUGUCAUUGUAUGUUGCUAUGUCCUGUCCCUAGUUUAAACACAAGGGUAGGUGUCUGCCAUUUGUCUACAGUAACUAUUCAGGAAUUUGCCAAACUGAACAUCUCCUCCUCUCACUAAACCACCACUCCCCCCUUUAAGACUGUUGCUCACCAUACCGUCGCAGCGCCCUCGCCGCCGCCCUCGCCACCUCCAUCUCCCUCGCCACGUGCGUGUUUGUUUGUGUAUGCUUGCAUAUGCAUGCUUCUCUCGUGCCUCUCUCCCUGUCCCCCGA